GCAAUGCAUAUUUUGUUGGAUCGCCAUUAGUAAUCGUUGUGCAACCACACACAGACACACAGACAGAAGAAAAAAAACAUGGAUUCGCACAGAGCAGCCCUGGACAUUGCCAAACAAGAUUCUGGUUUGUUAUACAUAUACCAGCUGGCCUUCUCUUUACUGGUCCACCUUACUGGUCUUUGCCUGGGCAGUUCUCAUCCUCACUCUUCAUUCUCCAUUCCUCAUCUCUGCGACUCCGGGAAGCACUGCCGCAAGCUGCAUUCGUUUUGGCAACCACUUUUAUUCGCCACCCCUUUCCGUUCAAAGUGCACCUCUAAAAACGCACACCUCCUGAGCAUAAGCAGACAUGGCUUCGCCUUAUAUCCUCUCCCCCAAUACAGACAGCGAACUGGACACAAUCCUGCUCGAGCACCAGAAUCGUCUCCUGGUCCUCGUUUUCACCACUGCCUGGUGCAAGAACUGCAAGCGCCUAGCAAGCGCAAUUGAGCAGAUGGCCGAGGAUUUGUCCAAGAUCACGACCUUUGUACAUGUGGAUGUCGACGAACUCUUGCAAACGGUCAAGAAAUACAAUGUCGAAUCAACACCAACAUUCGCACUCUUCCGAGGACACGUCUUCCAGACCUCCAUCACGGCAGCCCUGCUUCCGAAGAAGCCUACGCCCGAAGAGAGCGAUGAUCAACUCCUGGCCUGGGUUUCGAACACGGUCAGGUCGUUUGCACAACAUUGGAAUGCAUCCUAUUCCAAGAUCACAGACCACCUCGCAUUCUCGCCAACGCCGACAGAGUACCAGAUCAAGGAAGGAUUGACCAAGGUCGGUUUCAAGAGUAUCAUUGGCAUGGAGUCGAAGCAGAACCCAGGAGAGUACUUGGGCCGAGAGAACGAACUCUGGGAGGCGGCCGGAAUCCAAUUCGUGUCGCAUCCCAUCAAGUCUGCGGACGAAAUUGGAUUGAACGAUUUUGAGGAGAUCCUGCAGCUGGUCGAGACAUUGCCUGGCCCGAUCUUAAUCCAUUCGGAGAUUGGACAGGUUGCAGCUAUCAUGGUUUUUGUCAUGGUCGCGAAGCAGAACGGGAGGAAGGGAUCUGAGGUCGCAGGAUGGGCCCGGGAGCUGGGCUUUGAUUUUGAGGGAUUGGGCAGAUUGACUCAGACGAUUUGCGCCUGGGUCGAUAAAUGAGACGAGAAGAAAUUGGAGGAGAAGGAGCGACGAGGCAAGGCCACAGGGCUGGUGGUGGAUGUGAAGGAGCUAGAGCUGGAGCUGGAUCUAGAGAAUUAUGGUCUCGCCGAUGAGCACACGAAGGGAAUAUGGA